AUGGAAAUUAUGUUGGGGAGAUUUCAAGAUCAGAAGGAAAAGUGGAAAUGCCUGAGUAAGAAAAUUGUAAACAGGGCUGCAGUCUUCAUCUCCUCCCCGGCCUCGGCGCUCCGACUGCGGGACAACCAGAUUACAGCGGUCCCCGGGGAGAGCCUGCUGCCUGGAUAUGAGAAACAGCACUUUACAGCACAAUAUGGCUCUCUCUCUCCAGGACGGGCCGCGGAAAUCUCAGGGAGAAUUAUUCGCCACAAUCGCCUGCUGUCCUUGCUCAACCUUUACCGACCGCCACAUGGCACCGACACACUGCUCCUUCAUUGUCCCGACUCCACUUCCAACCCAAAACUGAUGCUGUCUCCGGUCGGGUCCCUGUCCGACGGUCCGGCCCAAACAUUAGCAUCUGUUGAAAUAUGGCCCCGGUGUCUGUGCGGUGACACGGAGACGUAUGGGUCUCUCACCUCCCUGCACCACAGAGGGGCCGUCACUGUCACCCGAUACCCCCAGGAGCGAGGGAGGCGCUGGGGCUAG